AGGGAUGAAUCUCCAAAGUGUAAGUGCUUAACAUUCUCUCAUGAUGGCAACCUUCUUGCAUGGAUCAGUGAUAGCGAUAUUAAAGUGAUAAAACUUCCCGAAGGCGAAAUAGUUCAUCAGUUUCCAGCUGGAUACAGCAACUCUUUAGCGUUCUCUCCAAAGCAUUCCUUUCUUGCAACAUGGGGACCUUAUCGCAUAUCAGACAAAGCGCCUCAAGGAACGCAUAACCUAGUUAUUUGGAACUUGGCUAGUGGUGAAAAGUCUGCAGGAUUUAUUCAUAAGCGACACACCGAUUGGAAGCCUCUAUGGUCUACAGACGAAGAAAUCUGUACGAGAGUGGUUGUCGAUGGUGUCUUAGUGCUUAAAGGAUCAGAUAUAGGAACUUCUAUAGCAAAGCUUAGCCAAGAUGGUAUUCAAGAAUUUUCUUUAUCACCAUCAACUAACCCUAUUAGAUUUGCAACUUUUAACCCUACAAAAAAGGGUGCACCUGCCUAUGUAAAGAUGUAUAAUUUCCCCAACUUUGAUCGUCCAGUUUGCCAAAAAAGCUUUUAUAAAGCAGAUAAUGUUUCUAUGUCAUGGAAUAAGACUGGUAAGUCAUUGUUAUUGCAUGCAUCAACGGAAUCUGAUAAAACUGGGUCUUCCUAUUAUGGGGAACAAAGCUUAUAUUUUCUUGAUGACGAAGGAAAUAGUAUUCACGUUUCAUUAGCGAAAACAGGACCAAUCUACUCUGUCGAAUGGAGCCCAAAUGGAAGAGAAUUUUGUGUUGUUUACGGAUCUAUGCCGGCAAAAGCAACAUUAUAUAAUUUAAAAUGCGAUCCUAUCCAUGAAUUUGGUUCUUCUUAUCGAAAUUUGAUAUAUUUUAAUCCUCAAGGAACUAUAAUUUGUCUCGCUGGAUUUGGCAACCUGAAAGGAGAAAUGGAAUUUUGGAAUAGGCAAGACUUGAAACUCAUCUCUAAAUUUCAAGCUAGCGAUUCAACACAAUUCGAAUGGAGUCCCGACGGACAGUAUUUUGCGACAGCAACGACUGCUCCGCGAUUGCGACAAGGAAAUGGAUAUAAAAUUUGGCAUUAUUCUGGCUCUCUUCUGCACGAAGUGCAGGUGAUAAAACCAAAAGAAGAAUUAUGGGAGGUAACUACUGUAAUUUUGUCAUGA